UUUCGUACCGUCUAACGUGUAGCCGGACAUUCGACUUCCUACUGCACAAUGCGACCAUGGGAAUUGCACAGUAUGGGGCGUUACUCGAAUAUUAAGGCACACAUAUUACUGAUGUGUAUCAUGAAAGCUGUCGCUGCCCCGUCUAUCGUUUCGUCAUCCAAGUCUGAGGAGCCUGGUAAUGUCUACUACAACCACCACCUCGAAGAUCUCAUUCGACAGAAAUUAGGCAAGUUCGGCGACAUUAUGAGGGUCGGAUACCACAGCCUAGGCAUCAAAGCAACGGAGCCAGCCUUCCUGGAAGACACUGAUGUAUCUGCAAUAUUCGGUGGAGAUGCGUUCAAAAUGGUCCUUACUGACGUUCGAGUUAAUGGUCUGUCAAACUACCAAGUGUCACGGGUCGAGGCGGACGUUGAAAACAAGAAGAUCAGUCUCUCUAUCGUGGCCCCCAAUGUGACCAGCAGUAUGCGGUACAGCAUCAAAGGGUACAUCUUCGGCACUUUCCCUGUGGGUGGCGAAGGAACGUGCUCCGUCGUCUACCAGGGCGUCAGUAUAUCCACCACAGCGCGUCUUCUCGGCAGCAACGGCAUGUUUCAGUUCGCGGGCUACGAGGACUCGGACGUUGACUAUACCGCGCAAGUAGUCUCGGUCAACGGGGCCCCUCCGGGUGAGCCAUCAUCCCCAAUCAUCGGUGGUUUACACAGCCAAGUAGGACGUGUCCUAUUUUGGACCCUCGCGAAACAAAUUGGUCUGACGCUACCAAGCGAUGUCCUGCACUACCUUAACGAUGCCUUGAGACGUGCUCCUCGGCCAUCAGCGUACAGGCAACAGGUCUCAGCAACAACGACAGCUGGUUACGACUAGGAUCUUUUUUCGCUUCUAACACAUUUCCGUUCAUGAGCAAACAGCCGCUGGAGCUCGCCUUUGGUGUCGACCAGGAAAGUGCACAGCUAUGGCUGAGGUGCCCGGUGUACUCGAUAUUUACGGAGGCCAAGUGACAGAAGAAUCCGUCAUCCGUCAUGCAUGUUUUCAGACCGUGAUCCUCACUUCCGCUAAUCGAACAUUCUUAUUUUGGAAUAUACGUGAUCAUUAGAGAAUGGCGAAAUACGUACGUGCUCGCACUCCACAAAAUUAUCGAGCGAUUGCACAAGGCGGAACAUAGGUUAAAGGGACUACGAAAUUUCCGGGAUACCCCGUAAAAUGAAGACGGUUCUUCCUGCCGAGGUACUCGACGUGCACCUUUCUCUUCCACGUUCUUCCUUCCUCUCGUGUUCCUUGUCUUACUUCCUGACUGCUAUAGACGCGUGUUCCCGAUGCCUCGCUCUUAAAAAUGAACUUCACCGCACAGCACGCUCCUAUGCCAACCAUCAUCCCGAAUGACAACGCUCUUCCCCUUGAUAUGCUGAAAACGGGGGGCGCACGUCAUUUUGGUGGCGAAUAUGCAGUUGAUAAUUGCCACAAAAAUGGCAUGCCCCCC